UUUUCUUGUGAAGCUGAACACAAGAGUAAGCACGGACCGCGUUUGUGACGGACAACAACAGAACAGCUAGCUGUGUGUUAGAUACCUCUCAUAACUUCUUAAAAUUCGGCAUUUAAAUCGAUUGUCAUCAGAACCUUUGUGGUGUAAGAUCCUCAGCAGACGGAUAAAUGUCUGAUUCGUCAGAACUUCCUAAAUCAGAAAAAGAGGAGGAGGUCACUCCCGAACCAGAGGAACAAUCCGACGACAGCAGUGAAGACGAGGCUGCAGGAGACGCAGACAUGGAUUUCAUGCGCAACCUCUUCUCCAGCGCGCUGGGCCUCAGUUCAGCUGAGAAAGUCCUGGAUGAGCUGACUCUGGAUGGAGUGGCACGAUACAUAAACAGCGGCAAAUGUAAAAACAUCAUCUGCAUGGUUGGAGCAGGAAUAUCCACAUCUGCUGGAAUCCCAGAUUUUCGCUCUCCAGAAACUGGCCUGUAUGCAAACCUGCAAAAAUACAACUUGCCUUACCCAGAGGCUAUUUUCCAGAUAGAUUACUUUAAGAAACAUCCAGAGCCAUUCUUUGCCUUGGCAAGGGAGCUUUACCCGGGACAAUUUAAGCCAACAAUUUGUCACUAUUUCAUGAAGAUGUUGAAAGACAAGGGCAUCCUGAGACGCUGCUACACACAGAAUAUCGACACGCUGGAGCGAGUAGCCGGGCUCGAAGGAGACGACCUAAUCGAAGCUCACGGGACGUUCUACAUGUCACACUGUGUCAGCUUCUGCUGCCGCAAAGAGUACAGCCUGGAGUGGAUGAAAGAGAAAAUCUUUUCUGACGACAUUCCCAAAUGUGACAAGUGCAGCAGUUUGGUUAAACCAGAUAUUGUCUUCUUUGGAGAGAACCUACCUGCCCGAUUCUUCACUUCAAUGAAGAUGGAUUUUCCUCGUUGCGACCUUCUCAUUGUUAUGGGGACAUCCCUUCAGGUUCAACCAUUUGCGAGUCUAGUCAGCAGGGUUUCAAAAAAUUGCCCCAGACUGCUCAUUAACAUGGAGAAAUCAGGGCAGGUUAAUCCCAUGAUGAGUUUGUUUGGUUUCGGCGAAGGGAUGGACUUUGACUCAGACAAGGCUUACAGAGAUGUAGCUCACAUUAGUACUUGUGAUGAUGGAUGUUUGGCUCUAGCUGAUCUUCUGGGAUGGAAGGCAGAGCUGGAAGAGCUGGUGAAGAAGGAGCACGCCAAGAUCGACAGUCAGGAUGCAAAAGAAAAGGCCAGUGAAAACAAAGGAGCGACAGCCAAGGCGAGCUCUGCAUCAGCGCCACCAGAACCCAAAGCUGAGGAGUAACCAAUAAAAAGCUCCCUGAUUAAAUGAAGCUCCUGUGGUGAUGUCACAGAUUGAAGUGGCAUCGGGGGGUUACCUGGAAGCGAGGCUGUGGUGGACUUUCUGACAUCUGUUUAUAUCAGUCAUUUGCAUUUUUUUUUUCUUUUUAACUCAGUCUAAACUGUUUAUCACUUUCUCUGUGGCUCGGCAGAUUUUAUGUUGCAACAGAACCUAUUGUUCAUUUAUCUGUAUUGCAGUAGCACAUAGUGUGCCCAUGUGCGUUGUGGUUAAUGUCUCUAAAACAGGCGCCAUUGCACUUCACAGCGGCUCAGACGAAUAUGCAAGCCAGCAAUUGAACAUGUGAUAUUUUGUUUAAUCAAAAAUGAUCUUUUGUGUGAAGAUAAGCGGGCUAUUUUAGGUGCUGUGUUAUUUCCCUCAAGCCAAAACCUGCUGUGCUGAUAACUUUCCUACUAACAAAAUUAACUUCCUGAUAGGUGACUGCAGUUGGGCACAUGGCUCUUCUAAAAUGUCUCAAUUUGUAAUUUACCGUGUUUUUCAUGUUCCUCUCAUGUUUAAUUUUUUUUAAUGAUGUUUUAAAAAAAAAAAAAAGCAAUGUAAAAAAUGCAAAAGAAAGUCUACACCUAAGUUAAUUUGGGGCAUGGGGGACAUGAGAAGAUCUGGUUUUAUUGUAAACUUGUGUGAUCAUGAAUUGAUUUGUGGGUUUAAAAAUACUCGGGUGGAUGCAAUAACAUUAACAUCUGUACAAUGUCACAGGAACCAGUGCAGCCCCCUGCAAUAAAUUUUACCUUUUCAA